AUGCUUGACUUACUAUCUUCAUUAAUCUUCACACCUCUGGCUGGCAACACGCCGCCUCUGGACGUCUCGGACUUGACAUCGUCCCUCCUCACCUCAUAUCCGCGCCCAAAGGCACCAUGGCGCGACCCAUAUUAUCCCAUAUAUGGCCACAGCCCGCUGCGAGCCGAAUACAUAUUGCCUAAUUCAUGGGCAGACGAGCGCAAUGGUGAGGCGACAAGUCCUUCGAUGUAUCGCGACUUCUCCACACCACUCUCACAAGCGCCAACGUCGUCCUCAGCCAGUCGCGACAGCUUGACAGCUGAGCCUUGCGAGUCGCUUGAAGUCGAGCAGGGUGAUACAGGUUAUCGAGGUCCAGCGGCCAAUUUGGUGGCCAGCAGACUACUACAGGUAGAGGCCGAUGGGAGGAACCAGCGCCGUGAGAAUGAAGACAUCUACCGUAUACGAAGUAUUCUGAACAAGCAGCGACAAUGGGAAGAUCGCAUGGCGGUUCUGCUGGGUGAAAAGAUGUUAGCAAAUGGUAUCAAUCGACAUCUAGGGGCUACAGAGGUGGGAUAUCUACCGGAAGAUGAGCAUACAAUGGGAAAAGGGACUGUUGGUACAAAUGGGCACCGAAGAAUGCACGAAUUCCUGCAUAGCAAGGAGAAGAAGAGGAAACGAAUUGUUGAAGACAUUGAAGAUGAGAUCACGAAUGAUAAUGGUGCCAAGAGGACGCGGACAGUGCCUCAAGGCAUAUUGAAGAUGCACACAGAAAAGAAAGAUCGACACUUCCCCAGCAGACAUACCGGAUGA